AUGUACAAUAAAAUAAUUUAAAAAAAUUCAUUAUUAAUCUGUUUGGUUAGUGUUUGGAAUAGUCCAUGCUCGUAUUUCGAAAUUUUAGUUCAUUAAUUUCUCUUUGAUUAAAUCUCUGGUUUUAAGUUUUUACUUNUAUUUACUUAAAAAGUGAUGGAAUCUACUCAGAAAUAAAUUAAGGAAUUCAUUCAACUAGUAAUUUCUUAAUAUUUAUCAUUUAAAGACUUUUCAGAAAAACGUAUAUGAUGUUUAAAUAAUGAAUAUCCUUAUAAUUGAUAGAAAUUCUCAAAGAGUAGAUGAAUUCAUUAAAUAUAAUUUUAAAUAUGUCUUUAUGUGUCAAAAUAAAAGUUUGUGGAUAUUAUUUACAUAAAUAAGGAUUCUUUAUUCAAGUAAUAAUGAACAAGUCUUAAUUAAUAAAGGAUCUUUUAGUGAAGUAUUACGAUUCUAAAAGCAUAUACAAAAAAACGAUUAUAAUCUCUUAUGUAAGAAUACUAAUAAUAUUUCCAAGUAUACAAAUCAAUGUGUUCUUUAUCCAAUCUUUAACCAGAAUCAAAAAUUAUUAGGUAUCUUAGAAAUAAGUAUUACUGUAAGUGAGAGAAUAAUUGAUAAAAAUUUAAAAAUAAAAACGACAUUAUUGUCAGGAACACUUAAAUUUGAUUUCAUGGUUUAAAAUGCCUUUGAUGAUUUUCUAUUAAGUAAAGCCCAAUAUGAAUUAUAUAAAUAUAGAAGAUAUUGUAUGGAGUCAAUCUUAACUAUUUCAAUGAUAGCCUCUUAUUUUGUUAAGCACAAUUCAUUUAUUACUUAUAAAUCAAUUAGUACUAAUUGGGAUUGUAUGACUCAUAAAAUGCAAUUACUUAAGGAAGAGUUUUAGUCAACCAAUUAUUUUAAGUAAAAAAGUUAUUGAAAAAUUAGUUUAUGAUCGCUAAAAGGUAUAUACGCUUAACAAAUUACUGAAUUAAUAGUUAUGAACAUGAGAAAAUCAAUAGAGUUUGAUGAAACAAUAGAUUUGGAUCCUAUCUUGCCUGUUCUAAUAUAACCUAAUAUUUAUGAUAAUUAAGUUAAAGCUUUAUUUGAAGUUCUAGUGUAAUAACGAAAUCUUCGAAAAUACGAAUAAGAUAAAAUAUGCUUGGCAGUUCGACUAUUGUUGGAUUGGAUUUAUGUUUUGAGAUGA